AUGUCAGAGUUCGGCAGAAAGCGUGACGAAGACUCUCUUGAAGAAAUUUCGCCCUUUGUAGGGAUAGAGAAGGGAAUUGUGCUACAAGAAGCACGUUGCUUUAACGAUCCGCAGCUCGAUGUGCGAAAAUGUCAGCAAGUCAUAACGAAAUUGUUGUAUCUGAAUAUUCAAGGAGAGUUGUUCACAAAGAAUGAGAUCACCGAGAUCUUCUUUUCCGUGACAAAGCUGUUUCAGUCGAAGAGUAGUAAUCUAAGACGGAUGGUGUAUCUCAUAAUCAAGGAGAUUUGUCCGAGCUCAGACGAAGUUAUUAUCGUCACUUCUUCUUUAAUGAAAGAUAUGAACAGUAAAGUUGAUCUUUACCGGGCAAAUGCGAUUCGAGUACUGUGUUGCAUAGCAGACGCCGCAACUCUGGGCCAGAUCGAACGAUAUUUGAAGCAAGCAAUUGUUGAUCGAAGUGAUGCUGUUUCUUCCGCCGCCCUAGUAUCUGCUACUCACUUGACACACGCAGAUGUAGAUAUUGUGCGGCGCUGGAGUAGUGAGAUUCAAGAGGCGAUUAACUCAACUUCUCCAGAGGUACAAUUUCACGCUUUAGGGUUACUAUACGAAAUUCGAAAGUCUGAUAGGCUCUCGAUCAAUAAGCUAGUCGCACAACUAGCUAGAACGCAACUCCGUUCUCCGCUGGCUCAGUGCUUGCUGAUAAGAUAUGGCGCUGAAGUGAUGAGAGACAGCACAGAAGAGGCUGCAGUCCCACUUCAUGCUUUCCUGCAAAGUUGUCUUCGUCAUAAGUCUGAGAUUGUCGUGUUCGAAAGCAUUCGCGCAAUCACCUCUCAACAAGAUCUUGCAGCUCAUGAUCUAGUCUCCGUGGUGAACGUUCUAAAAUUAUUGCUUUCUUCUCCGAAGCCGAGUGCAAGAUUUGCUUCUAUGCGAAUCAUGAAUAAGCUUGCCUUUAAGUUCCCAGAUUUGAUUGCCAAUUGCAACGCAGACAUUGAAAGCUUGAUAUCAGAUGGAAAUAAGUCGAUCGCUACACUUGCAGUUACAACUUUGCUGAAAACAGGUGGAGAAGCUAUAAUAGAUAGACUGCUCUCGAGAAUUCACUCUUUUAUGUCUGACAUUCAAGACGACUUCAAGAUGAUGAUUGUGGACUCGGUUCGAAUGACCUGCAUUCGAUGCACGCAUAAAUAUCGUGUCUCAUUAUCGUUUCUGUCGACAUAUUUGCGCGAGGAAGGGGGCUUUGAGUACAAGCAGUCAAUAGUGCGAGCUAUUGUUCAACUAUUCAGCGCAAUUCCUGAAGCAAAGGAGCUUGCACUUUCCUACCUUUCGGAGUUUAUCGAAGAUUGCGAGUACACGAACCUCUCUUGCGAGGUUCUCUAUUUGCUCGGUGAAGAGGCACCAAGCACAAAUGAUCCGGGCAAGUACCUUCGAUAUAUUUUCAAUCGCGUGAUUCUUGAAAAUCCUUCGACUCGUGCGGCAGCUAUAUCAGCCAUGGCAAACAUCGGUGUGCACUGCGAAGUUCUACAAGAUCGCAUCUUAGUAUUACUUAGACGGUGUCUUUUCGAUGCUGACGACGAGGUACGCGAUAGAGCAAGUUCCUCAAUUGCACUGUUUGAGAAGACGUCGGUGCGCGCAAAUGAGUCACUCACCACAGGUGCUAUCAGUGCCUUUGAGCAAGUGCUGCUGGCAUAUUGCAGUUCAGAAACGGAAGAGCCUGUCAAUCUACAGAACGUGGAUACCGAUCAAUACGAGUAUGUUGAGCGCAGUACCUGCGAAAUGGCAACAUCAGAUGAGAAAACAAGUACUCCAUCACUUCCCACCUGCUCGAACAUCGCCUCUGUCCCCGAUUUUGUCAAUUAUGGUGAUAUUUUCAAGAGUUCCGUUCGUGCUGAGUUGACUGAGGAUGAGACUGAGUAUAAAAUUUCAUGCAUCAAACAUAUCUUCGACAAAUUCAUUGUCUUCGAAUUUCUUUGCAGUAAUACUAUCAAAGAACAAACCCUCACAAAUGUGAGUGUUAAGAUGGAGCCGUUGAGUCACGAUGAGUUCGGUGAAGCCUUGAUAAUCCCUCUCAGCAUGAUGCCUUUCAUGACUUAUGGUUCAACCUAUUCUAUAUUCAAGCGUUCGAAAGGCCAAAGUCUUGAAGAAAGAUUUGCCUGUACUCUGAAGUUCACCUCAAAAGAAGCUGAUCCUCUCACCGGUCUACUUGAGGAGGAGGGUUACGAGGACGAGUAUUCUAUUGAAGAUAUUCAACUGCACAUUAUCGAUUAUAUGCGUACAAUACGCGUGCCAGAUGUGAAUACGGCGUGGAACGAGAGCGCUUCUUUUGUUGAGCUGGGGAAGUCAAAUAUCCCUGUACCGUCUGAGUCUCUUCAAAGUGCGGUAGCGCACAUUUCAUCGUUACUUGGACUUACACCAUGUGUUGGUAAGACCGUGCCCCGCAACUCCUCGUCGCAUCUUUUGUACUUCACUGCUGAACUUCCGGAUGAAGAGCGAGUUCACAUUAAAAUUUCCCUUAGCUUCGAGUUACAAACAGGUGUAUCAGUUAGCGUCGCUUGUCGAGCACUGCAAGAGCCAGUGUGCAUGCAAGUACUUGAUGCGUUGA